AUGGGUUCUACACCGCGAAUCGUCACCAUCAAGAGGAGCGGGGCAGACGGGCCCCAUUUCCCCUUGAGCCUCAGCUCCUGCUUGUUCGGAAGGUAUGAAGACGAGAGCCGGCAGGACGGAAGCGGGCCGGCCGGCCUGCCGGGACAGCGGCAGGAGCAGGAGUCCACGCGGCAAGUCUCAGGAUCUGGCUGUCCUGGCUCUGGUGGGGGAGUUCAGGAGCCCAGCGCCCACUCAAGCCUCACGGAAGGAGGAGUCCCCGGGAGGUCUCUGGCGCGCAGGAAGAGUGUGCAGGCUGCGGGGUCCGCCCCCGAGCUGCCCAGAGCCCAUGGCGGGCCCUCAGCGGGGGCCCCUGCCGGGGACGAAGCCGGCAUGGCCCCGGGGAGCUGCAGCACAGGGCCAGGGGCCGUGUCCCCCGCGCGGCGGCCGGCGGGCGGCAGCAGCGGUGCGUCCCCCUUCAGGAGGCUGUACGAGUCCAUGAAGGAAGAGCUGGAUGUCAAGUCAGACAGGGCAAACGUCCUACAGGAUCGGAGGAAAUCAGGGGCGCUCAGGCUUUGCAGGGAAGCCCCAGAAGGCGCCUGCGGUUUACAGGCUGAGGUGCAAGCCCCGGUCUCCCUAAAAUUCAGAAGGAAGUCGGGGCGAAGCUCCCAGGUCAAGGCAGACCCGGUGUGGGGAGAAGGAGGAAGCAGCCUGGCCUCGGAGCAGAGAGCCGGGGAUGGGUCCGGCCAGCACCCUGGGGAGGCCGCCAGCCCGGCCCGUGCCCGUGCGGGGACGCCCGUACCACCGCCCUCCGGGCAGAGUCCCUCACGAAAGCGUCGGCGCGAAGACCUGGGGGGCCCGGCCGGAGGCGCGUCUGUGAGUCCGGGUCCCGACCAAGGCCCCGGGGCCGAUGGGCGAGCCUGGGCUCCCUGGAAGUUCCUAACUGGAGGUCCGACGCCCGCGAAGGUGGCCAGGGCCGAGAGCCCUGGAGCCACCCCGGACAAGCCCCCCAAGAGCAGGAGGAGCAGCCCCGCCCGCGAGGCCCUUCCCAGGACAGACCCCGGGACUCAGAAUCCCGCCGUCCUAGCCCCGCUGCCCGUCCAGCUCGAGCGGGCUCAGAAAGACGCGCCCCACCAGGCCGAGAAGCCGGGGCUGCCUGGCCUCAGCCACGGUGCCGACCCCACCGGUAAAACGGAGGGCGCGGCUCUGAAGAGAAGGCGGGUCUCCUUUGGCGGUCGGCUGAGACCUGAGCUCUUUGACGAGAACUUACCGCCCAACACGCCUCUGAAGCGGGGAGAGACGCCUGUGAGGAGGAGGUCUCUGGCGCCCCACACUCCGGCCGCGCUGAAGAAAAUCAUCAAGGAACAGCCUCCAUCCCCCGCCGGGGGCGCUGCUUCCGAAGCGCAGCGGGAGCCCGGGAGCCCUGGGGCCAGCGGUCCUCGUCGGCGGUCCAUCAAGGCGGCCACCACCCCCGGGAGGUCCCCUCACGCCUCCGACGCGCCCAAGAGAGGAGCGAGGAGGAGCAGCGGCUUGUCUGCAAAGCGGGCGUCCCUGGAGCGCGGCCGGCAGGGCGCCCUGCACCUGCUCUGUGCCAGGAGGAGGAGCGGCGCGUCCGAGGCCAACUUGCUGGUGGCAAAGUCGUGGGCAGAUGUGGUCAAACUCGGUGCCAAGCAGACGCAGGCCAGAGCCGCCAAGCCUGCCCCGCCGAGGCAGCUGCACAGGAGGCCCAGGCAGGCCCCCGCCCCGCAGAAGCCGGCUGCGGGCAGCGUGCGCCUGGCCCAGUUCAGCACCGGCCACGCCAACUCGCCCUGCACCAUCACCAUCGGGAGGGCGCACCUGGGGCAGGCCGGCGUCCCCGCCCGGCCCCACCGGGUGCUGAGCCACCUGGUGUUCAGAGGGAAGGCGGACUUCAGCGAGGACCUCUCAGGUACAGCGGAGCCCGGCGCGCCCCAGGCCCGCGACGGGAGUGAGGCGGCGGCGGCCCCUCCCGCCCCCUUGCCCAGGGUCCGACGGGGCCCGGGUGAGCCUCGGCCUGAGCGGCAGUCGGCCUUCCCUUCUGCUGGCACAGCCGGUGCAAAGAUGCCCUCCGACCACGCCGAAUGA